UAGAUGUUUUUAGUGUUUUGUUGAAAACAUUGUCGAUUUUUAAUAAUACGGCUCUUUUUUGGAAUACGUGAACAUGUUUCAUUCACUAUCUCGUUUAUUAUUAUCAUCACAGAAUACAGGUUAUCGUUUAUCUUUAAGACUUUUGAAUACUUCUACGCCUAUAACACGGGGCCGGUACGCAACUGAUCAGAUAAAAUAUGUAAAAUCAGUUAUAUCAAGUUCCAAGAAUCUGGAAUGGUCUACAUUAAAAAAAGAUACUUUAGAAAUAAAGGGCUCCAUCAACAGCCAAAACAUAGAUGCUGUGUUCUUGAAGGUGAUGGUAAACGGCAGAAACUUUGAAGCGGCACUGUCUUUUGCUGAAUAUUUAAAGUCUAGCAAUGCAGAACUGAAUCUUGGUUCUAUAAACGGUCUCUUGGUUUUGUUUUAUGAAAUGGGCAAGGAGAAUGAAUUAUCAGAGGAGCAAAAAGCAUUUAUUUUAGAAUCUUAUAAAGAUCUGUACAAUAAGUAUAAAGUGUUAGAUUCUACGACCUGUGAGAAACUGAUACAUGCUCUGUGUGUGAUAAAUGAAUGGAAAAAGGCUUUGAAAGUAUUAGAGGACAUCAAGCUCACUAGCAAGCCGUCUCAUUCGGCUUAUAGUUUGAUAAUUGCUAGUCUUUUCAAUGUGAAUAAAAAAAGUGAUGCAUUAAAGAUCAUAGCAAGAAGUGUAGCUGAUGAUCGGCCUAUACAACACACUGCAUAUGUUGCGUGGAUAAACUAUAUCAUAAGGAAAUACAAAGACAAGAAAACUAUAACUAAGUAUUUAGAGGAAAUCAAUAUGAACAUUUUCAAUAACUCUGUGAGCAUCUCUGAGCAGACAGCUCAGUUAGUACAGGAAACUUACAGUAAUUUAAAUUGGAAUGCACAAUUUACUAGAAUAAGAAAAAUAGAUGGUGAAUGUAUGUGCUGUAACCAACAGCUGGACUGUUUAAAACUCUCAGAAGAAGAAUUUCAGAUGUUGCAACAGAAUAUAAAACAAAAACUGAUAGUAGGAUCUGAUUUAUUUUUAAAAACAUCACCAGAUGAGCUGGAUAGGUUCCUGAGAUUUGUUAACAAUACUGCACCUUACGAUGUGGUGUUGGAUGCCUUGAAUAUAGCGUAUAUUGCCAGGAACGGUAAUUUAGACAGAGUUAGUGUAUUGAGCAUGGUGGUGAACUAUUUUGAAAGCCAGAACAAGAGGAUGUUGUUAUUGGGAAGAAAACACAUGCUGGGCUGGCCAAGGAAACAGAUGCAACAGAUAAUGGGUAAAACUUGCAGUUUCUUCACUGACGACUUAUCUCAAGAUGACCCAUACUUCAUAACAGCAGCAAUCCUCAGUGGUUCCCACACAGACAUUGUAUCCAAGGACUUGCUCCGAGGCCACCAGUUCUUGCUGAAGGAUGAGCAGCUGAGGCUUGUGUUCCGAAGGUGGCAGUGGCAGCACCAGUGCAUGGUGUUCUUGAAUAAGAGGCGGAAACUUAUUGUGCAGCCACCUCUCAAGUUCACUCCCUGCGCCCAGAAGAAGAACGGCGCUUGGCAUUUAGUCUACGAGAAGCCCCACGAGACUGACUCCUUCGGGCCGCAGAUCAAUGACGGAACGCCCGACCUAACUACCUGGCUCUGUCUACGGCCCCCGAAUGCUUCGGUCAAUAAAUGAUGUACUUUUUA